UGCCGGUCGCGCCGGCCUGGCUGGGGCUGGGCUGCUCCCGCCCCCUCUCCAAAUCCUGGUGGCUCCUUCAAGCUAGCAGAGGGUCCGGUCUCGGGUUCCGAACAGUCUGGGGUCGUCGGGUGCAGGCCACCAUGAGCAAACGGAAGGCGCCGCAGGAGACUCUCAACGGGGGAAUCACCGACAUGCUCACGGAACUCGCGAACUUUGAGAAGAACGUGAGCCAGGCUAUCCACAAGUACAAUUUACAGCCUGGAGUAGGAACGAAAAUUGCUGAAAAGAUUGAUGAGUUUUUAGCGACUGGGAAAUUGCGUAAAUUGGAAAAGAUUCGGCAGGAUGAUACGAGUUCAUCCAUCAAUUUCCUGACUCGAGUUAGUGGCAUUGGUCCGUCUGCUGCGAGGAAGUUUGUAGAUGAAGGAAUUAAAACAUUAGAAGAUCUCAGAAAAAAUGAAGAUAAAUUGAACCAUCAUCAGCGAAUUGGGCUGAAAUAUUUUGAGGACUUUGAGAAAAGAAUUCCUCGUGAAGAGAUGUUACAAAUGCAAGAUAUUGUACUAAAUGAAGUUAAAAAAGUAGAUUCUGAAUACAUUGCUACGGUCUGUGGCAGUUUCAGAAGAGGCGCGGCGUCUAGUGGCGACAUGGACGUUCUUCUGACCCAUCCAAGCUUUACCUCGGAAUCAACCAAACAGCCAAAGCUGUUACAUCAGGUUGUGGAGCAGUUACAAAAGGUCCAUUUUAUUACAGAUACUCUAUCAAAGGGUGAAACAAAGUUCAUGGGUGUUUGCCAGCUUCCCAGUAAAAAUGAUGAAAAGGAAUACCCACACAGAAGAAUCGAUGUCAGGUUGAUACCCAAAGAUCAGUAUUACUGUGGUGUUCUCUAUUUCACUGGAAGUGAUAUUUUCAAUAAGAACAUGAGAGCUCACGCCCUAGAACAGGGCUUCACAAUCAAUGAAUACACCAUCCGUCCCUUGGGAGUCACUGGAGUUGCUGGAGAACCUCUGCCAGUGGAUAGUGAGAAAGAUGUCUUUGAUUACAUACAAUGGAAAUACCGAGAACCCAAGGAUCGCAGUGAAUGAGGCCUGUCCUUCCUUGCAAGCACGGCCCGAUAGGAGUCUUAAUUUAUUUCUUAACCUUUGCUAUGUAAGGGUUUUUGGUGUUUCUAAAUGAUUUUUACUUUGUCAUGCGUUAGCUUGCAUUGUAGUCAAUAAAACCUCUUGUACUAUUAUUGGA